UAGACGGCGGUAUAAGUGAUGAGCGAAUAGUAUUGUGAAUGAGAAGUGGUUUACAAUAAUGUAAUGAAUAGUAUGUUUACUAAAUAUGGUUAUUAUGUGUUGAAUACCAAAUACAGACACUCAACACAUAAACACCACUCAAUUGGCAGCUGUUAUACACUUCUCGGCUUUAAUUCAGUUUCAUUUAUCCUUCACUUCAAUACUCAUUCAAAUUAAAGUGGUGAAACAAUGUCCACAUCUCCGGUGCCAUCGCGUCGACAGCCGGUCAGUAGUCCGACGACUCCCCCGACGGCGGGUAACGGAAAACCCGAGUCUUUUCUCGACUAUUUGGGAACUUUGGGCCGCAAGAAGAAGAUGAGGGAAGUGGAAGAGGCGAAUAACAUUGUAGAAGAGGGCCGUCAAGCGAUCGACAGUAACGCACAGCACCCGGUCAUCGACGCCCUCCCCGAAGAAUUUGUCUUAAAUGAAUACGAGGAGAGAUCAAUGAUAGAGCCGGGAAUGAUCAACAAUCAUGACUACCAGGAAUUGCUUAAAAUUCUGGUCAAUUGGAUCAACGAUGAGCUUAGUGAUCAGAGAAUUAUCGUUAAGGACUUAGAAGAGGAUCUGUUUGACGGCCAGAUAUUGGGAAAACUGAUUGAGAAGUUGAGUUUACAGAAGUUGGAUGUGGUGGAAGUGACACAGAACGAAGAUGGUCAGAAAGCCAAACUCAGGACUGUCUUGGAUCAGGCGAACCGACUUCUUGGCAUUCAGGCCAAGUGGUCGGCCGUCAAGUGGACUGUUGAAGGUAUUCACAACAAAAAUAUGGUCCAAAUAAUUCAUCUGUUGGUCGGACUGAUCCGUCACUACAGAGCGCCCAUCCGUUUGCCACAGAAUGUUGUCGUCAAUUUGGUUGUCGUUCAGGUGCUGUCCAUUAUAAACAUGAGCUGUGAUUUGCGAUUGAUUGUAACGCUUUGUAUAUUUGGUAAUGUGUUUGGACAGAAACGUGAGGGACAUCUGCACACGUCUACAGUGACGGAACAGUUGACCGGUUCUUACGACGAGUUGGGUAUGCGAGUGGAGCCUCGGGACGCGUUUGACACGCUGUUCGAUCACGCGCCCGAUAAGCUACAGAUCGUCAAACGAUCGCUCGUCAACUUUGUUAACAAACAUCUCAAUAAAGUCAAUAUUGAGUGCUAUGUGGGCAGCAGUGGUGUCGACUUAGAUCCCAACCAAUUCAGUGACGGACUUUUGUUGAUAUUCCUGAUGGGAAUGCUUGAGGGAUACUUCGUUCCGUUGGGCAACAUAUUCACCACUGCUGUCGACCCCAUACUCGAGGCCACCACUAAUAAGGAGACAGCUAUACAGCCGGACAACUAUGUGGAGAGCUCUCCCAUCAAUAAACUUCAUAACAUUAACGUCGCCUUUCAACUGAUGGAGGACUCAGGCAUUCAGGUCAAACAAAAAGUAAGAGCCGAAGACAUUGUCAACGCCGAUAUGAAGUCAACGCUGAGAGUCCUGUAUAUGGUUUUCACUAAAUAUAAACAUCUCUAAGAGAUUCAUAUUAUCACUAAUUGUGCCAAAUAUUAGACAUUAUAUUUUGAAGUCUUAUUAAUUUUUAACAUUGACUUACUUUUUAUCAAUUUAUUGAUAUUAAUAUACAAAUAAUUAAAGGCAGCGAAGAAUUUGAUUAAUAUAUUAAGCAUUUACUAAUCAAGC